GGACGGAGCGCACUGCAUGCCGGGAUUGGAAUUCCCUGUCCAGGUGGGCCCCAGUGCGGCUGCGCGGGAGAGCGGCGGCUCUUGGAGCGCAUGCGUGCGGCGGCGGCGGCAGGACUGACUGCUCUGAGGCGGCGGCGUCCGUGCGGGCUCGGCAUGGCGGUACCCGCGGCGGCUAUGGGGCCCUCGGCGCUGGGCCAGAGCGGUCCCGGCUCCUUGGCCCCCUGGUGCUCAGUGAGCAGCACUCCGACGCGCUACGUGCUCGGGAUGCAGGAGCUGUUCCGGGGCCACAGCAAGACGCGCGAGUUCCCGGCGCACAGCGCCAAGGUGCACUCGGUGGCCUGGAGCUGCGACGGGCGCCGCCUGGCCUCGGGGUCCUUCGACAAGACGGCCAGCGUCUUCUUGCUGGAGAAGGACCGGUUGGUCAAAGAAAACAAUUAUCGGGGGCACGGGGAUAGUGUGGACCAGCUCUGUUGGCACCCAAGUAAUCCCGACCUGUUCGUCACUGCCUCUGGAGACAAAACCAUUCGCAUCUGGGACGUGAGGACGACCAAAUGCAUUGCUACUGUGAACACGAAAGGGGAGAACAUUAAUAUCUGCUGGAGUCCCGAUGGGCAGACCAUUGCCGUAGGCAACAAGGAUGAUGUGGUGACCUUUAUUGAUGCCAAGACACACCGUUCCAAAGCGGAGGAACAGUUCAAAUUUGAGGUCAAUGAAAUCUCCUGGAACAAUGACAAUAACAUGUUUUUUCUGACAAAUGGCAACGGCUGUAUCAACAUCCUCAGCUACCCAGAGCUCAAGCCCGUACAGUCCAUCAAUGCCCAUCCUUCUAACUGCAUCUGUAUCAAGUUUGACCCCAUGGGGAAGUACUUUGCCACAGGAAGUGCGGAUGCUUUGGUCAGCCUCUGGGAUGUGGAUGAAUUAGUGUGUGUUCGGUGCUUUUCCAGGCUGGAUUGGCCUGUGAGGACCCUCAGUUUUAGCCAUGAUGGGAAAAUGCUGGCAUCAGCAUCGGAAGAUCAUUUUAUUGACAUUGCUGAAGUAGAGACAGGCGACAAACUAUGGGAGGUGCAGUGUGAGUCCCCGACCUUCACUGUGGCUUGGCACCCCAAAAGGCCUCUGCUGGCAUUUGCCUGUGAUGACAAAGAUGGCAAAUAUGACAGUAGUCGGGAAGCAGGCACUGUGAAGCUGUUUGGGCUUCCUAAUGACUCCUGAUGGGAGGCCCUGGCGCAGGGGGAAGGCCCUGGCCUGCCUUUGUGUAUUAGUUUGGUCCGUUCUCUUGGAGUGGGUGGGCACCUAGAGUAUUUGUAGAUUGGUAUAACUAUAAAAGUCUUUCGUCGGCUGCUCAUUCCAGUUCCCUUCGUGUUUGUUUUGUUGGCGGCUGCACUCUUGCCUCCAGUGUGAGCGCUUAGCAGUGUGGGUGGUGACUCCAGCAUACCUUGUUCUCUGCGUCUCUGCGGACGGACCUCCUGACUUCCUGCUUUUGGGUGUAGGUGGACUUCGUUGGGCUGGCUUCUGCUUUGACAAUACCUAGUUUGGAGGGGUAGGUGAAGAAGGGUGAGUCGGGGUUGGAGAUUUUUUAAUAAAAAAAAAACAUGUAAUUUUGACAAUUGAGCAUUUAAUAAAACUGACUUUUAUUAUGAGACUUUUAGGA